CACGUUUCGGUCACUUCUGAAGGCUUUGACAACGCCGACAUGACAAAAAUCAAUACUAUCACAGUAUUUCCACCGUUGAUCAACUCGUCCUGUGCUUGGGCAGGCGAUUUCAACCAGCUAGAAGCCCUCUACAAUUGCCCAUUUACUGGUGCAGUUACUACCCGUACCGCUUCCUUGCAUGGAUACAAAGAUAAUGAGAACGGCGCAGUCGCAUUCUCAAUAACGUCCAUCACCUCACUCAACUCUUAUGGUUACUCCCCCUAUCCUCUAUCGUACUAUAUCUCUUGGAUAGAAACCAUCCUCAAGGCUGCAUCAUCCAAUUCACACAAAGCCUUCAUCAUAAGCGUGACCGCCACUACUUGGCCAGAGCUUGAAUCUGCUAUUGCCGCCAUCCAAUCUCUUCGGACAAAUAUUGGGGACCGUCAACUUGGUGUUACCUCCAGAAUCGCCGUCGAGCUCAAUACAAGCUGCCCAAACAUCCCAGGGUCGCCACCGAAAGGAUACAUAUUCGAUGACCUCCGAGAGCUGCUGAACGGACUCGAGAUGGAGAACCGUCGAGACCCUACUUUGACCAUCGGCCUCAAGCUCCCGCCGUACGUGCAUCAACAGCAGUUCAAGGACGUGCUAAAUGUCCUGACCGACUUCUCCACCGCUACGAUGGGUGCGGGGGGCGUGAUGAAGAAACGCAGCCCGUUUGCCUUUUUGACGUGCACGAAUACGUUGGGGAACUCGUUGCUGUACCCGGAUCAGGUGGCACAUAACGAGAGUACGAGUGGUAGCGACUUUGCGGUUCCGACUGGACUGGGUGGGUUGGCCGGCGAGUCACUGCAUGCUCUUUCGUUGGGGAAUGUGUUUACAUUCCACAAACUGCUGCAUGUAAACAGGCCGAAGGAGUACGAUGGGCUUGAGAAGAUGGUGAUCAUUGGUGUAGGUGGCGUGACAAGCAGGCAGGCUGUGGAGAGAAUGAAUAGAGCUGGCGCUCAAGUCGUUGGGUGUGCAACGUUCCUCGGAAAGGAGGGCAUCAAAGCCUUUCAGAUAUUGUCGAGGGAGUGAUCGUGGUAUCAAAUCGGUGUACAUACUUGUGUGUUAUGAAUAAAUUGUACAUGAGUUAUUAAUAUG